GGAAGAAAGAAAUUUUGAUUUUUCUUUCCAUGUWCAAAGUAAAAUAUAACGGAGUUUGUUUUCUUAGCAGAACAUGGUGGUGGAAACAUUUGUACUUGCUUUAAUCUUACUGGUCAUUUUACUCAUUGUUUUGAUGGUAUGCGUCAAACGACAGGGUCACAAGAAAAGUAAUGAAGAAAUCGCUGUUAAAGGACUGAAAAGACAAUCCCUAGAAUACAGCGAGUAUGAAGUAAUGCCAGCCAUAAGCAAAACACAAAAAACUACAGUCAACUAUCAAUCUGAGUACAAGGCGCUCGACCCAUCAAAAAUAACUACAAGAAACCAAGAAUACGCAUCACUAAGUGUAAUCACUUCUACAUCAAAAUCCUCGUUGGCUAGCAUCACUUCCGGUCAUGACGUCAAAACUAGCGACAAUUCUGCAAAAUCCAAACGACAAGGAAUAGUCAUAUCGUCCUUAAGCGUUGAUCGUCGUAUUCCUUCAGCGUCUCAAGGAGAGGAAGCAGCAUCUUCAAAACAGUUGCCAGUUUGUAAACCAAAACCAAGUCAAACUAUCGACCGGGAAAAGCUAAAAUUUAACCAACAGCAAACACCUGCGUUGUCACGGAAAAGGAAUAAUGAUGGAACUGCGGGUUCUUUCAAACCAGCCAUCCGUCCAAAACCAGACUGUAAAAGACUCAAGAAGCCACAACACAGAUAUGAAAAUGCCAUUUUAAAUAAUUGAAUGUCAAGUACGAUUGACGAAACGUGACGAAACUUUUGAGGCAUGCAAAAUUGAAAAAUAAAAACAGGUUUUUAUUGCCCAACAAACAACAAACAAAAUACAAACCUGAUGAUUCGCGUCACUCAACGAGAUUCCGAAACAUAUUACCAACACAGCUAAUACACACUACGAAAGGGUUCGACGCUGUAUCCUAUCCAAAACAUAGUGAAAUCUCUGCCUAUUAUCGAUAAAAAACACACACAACAUACAAAGCGUCAAGCUAUUUGUACUCAAGAAAGCAUCAUUAUGUAUUUUAUGAGUGACAAUUUGAUAGUCGUUGAGUCCUAGCCUUGGCGAUACAUGCAGACAUCAAAAUUAAAAAGACAAACUGACGAUCAAUCAUCAAUGGUAAUACAUGAGAGAGAUUUCAAUACAGGUGAUUCCAUUUAACUCAUUAGGUUUGCGACUUUAUGUCUUUCCGCGUAGUUUAAAAUAUAACGUCUGUUUCUUUUGUAAGAUCAUGUUUUAAAUUAAUUGAAAAAAAAAAACAACCAUCAAGCAAUCACCUACUAAGAGCGCAUGACUCGAUAACUUAUUUCUUAAUUUUACUUUUCUAUGCCAAAUUCUGAAACGUCAACAGAUAUCGCCCGGGGAUAAAGUCUCGACGAGAAUGAAGUCACAGAUUUGAUAGCAAGAAAAGCAAACUAAUCAACGUCAUUGCAGUUAUUUCAAACAUUUAUUAUAUUUGCUGGUAAUAUGACUUCCAUCGUCACUAUAUUAAAGAAGUAUUUGUAUAA